CCAAGCUGUGAGCUUCCCUCCAGAAUGCAAAUCUGUCCUGUCACAUCUUGGUGUUACCUGAAAGACCUGUGGAUAAGCGCAGAGGAGCGACAGCCAAGGAAACGCUGCUGGGUUUGUGAAAUGAGCUGUGUGUGUCCUGGGCUGACAGCAGUGGCUGAGACCUUUAGAAAGAGUGAGACACUGAGUGGUGUGAGGUGGAUCAUUCUGCUCUCAGCAGUGGCUUCUCAGGAUGUCAUAGGAAUGUGAUCCGCCUUCAUCUCGGAAAGGUCCAAGCCCAGGUCAGCUGGGAACAAGAGUGAGGGACAGAGCAGCUCCUCUCCCUCUGCACUGAGCCACAGGCAAUGCUCUCCCGUCCCAGGAAUUCCCUUGUUGUCCCAAGGAGGGCUCCAGGCAUGGAGCUGAAUGAUGAUAUCUUGGGAAAAGAAAAGCAGUGCAGGGUGUGCUUUGUGAGAAAUGGCUUUGAUGUUGCUUCAGACAUAUCUCACAUCUCCCCUAACUUGUCACUAUAUUCUUCUUCAUGUUCAGUGCUUCAUAUGCCCAGAGGCAGCAGAUGUCCAACAGCAGCUCCAUCACCCAGUUCAUCCUCCUGGCAUUCGCAGACACACGGGAGCUGCAGCUCUUGCACUUCUGGCUCUUCCUGGGCAUCUACCUGGCUGCCCUCCUGGGCAACGGCCUCAUCAUCACCACCAUCACCUGUGACCACCACCUUCACACCCCCAUGUACUUCUUCCUCCUUAUCCUUUCUAUUCUUGACCUGGGAUCCAUGUCCACCAUUGUCCCCAAAUCCAUGGCAAAUUCUCUCCGGGAUAUCAGGGCCAUCUCCUACACAGGAUGUGCUUCUCAAGUCUUUCUCUAUGUCUUUUUCAUUUCAGCAGAUUAUUUUCUCCUCACCAUCAUGUCCUAUGACCGCUACGUUGCCAUCUGCAAACCCCUGCACUACGGGACCCUCCUGGGCAGCAGAGCUUGUGUCCACAUGGCAGCAGCUGCCUGGGGCGCUGGGUUUCUCUAUGCUCUACUGCACACGGCCAAUACAUUUUCCCUGCCCCUCUGCCAGGGCAAUGCUGUGGACCAGUUCUUCUGUGAAAUCCCUCAGAUCCUCAAGCUCUCCUGCUCACAAUCCUACAUCAGGGAAGCUGGGCUCAGUGUGUUUGCUGUCUGCUUAGCUUUUGGCUGUUUUGUUUUCAUUGUGGUAUCCUAUGUGCAGAUCUUCAGGGCUGUGCUGAGGAUCCCCUCUGAGCAGGGACGGCACAAAGCCUUUUCCACAUGCCUCCCUCACCUGGUCGUGGUCUCCCUGUUUGUCAGCACUGCAUGGUUUGCCUACCUGAAGCCCCCGUCCAUGUCCUCUCCUUCACUGGAUCUGGUGGUGUCAGUUCUGUACUCGGUGGUGCCUCCAGCAGUGAACCCCCUCAUCUACAGCCUUAGGAACCAGCAGCUCAAGGAUGCAGCGAGGGAACUUAUGACUGGGUUUUUUAGGCAGGGUUAAGCUGCCCAUCUUCU